AUGCAAACAUUUGCUGCCGCCAACCUCGAUGCCCAUCGUGGGCCGAGGGUUGGGGAGGCGCUCUCAGGUGUCUUCGGCAGCGUCAGCAUGGUGGCCUGGAUAUGUCUUCUGCUCCCGCAACUUAUCGCGAACUACAAAGCCAAAAGCGCCGAAGCGUUAUCAAUGAAGUUUCUUUUCAUAUGGCUCCUUGGUGAUAUUUGCAACCUCUCUGGCGCCCUCUUCACGAGCCUUGCCCCGUCCACGAUCGCGCUUGCGUCCUACUUCUGCAUCGCCGACAUCAUCCUAAUUAGCCAAUGCACAUACUACAACACCCUCAACGCCCGGCGCCGUGCCGCGGCCGCCCGACGCGAAUCGCAUCACCAUCAUCACCAUCACCAUCACCACGCCCGUUCCACCGUCGACGCGGCGGACGAUAACCUUAACGCGACCAGUUCCCAUCCAGCAGCGGCCUCCGCGACUGAAUCCGACCCCCUCCUGCCCAAUGGCGCCGGCAGUGCCAACACAAACGGAGACCUUCCCGGUUCCCACCGCCGCCACGAAGUUCGCCGGCGCGACAGCAGCGGUCUUACUGACCCGCUGUCGCGUAUCAUCACAGGCGAGGACGACACUCCCGACAGCCAACCGUGGUUACACAACGCUGUCAGCUUGAUUGCUAUAUGGGUGGUGGGCGCGGCGGGGUGGUUUGUGAGCUACAAGAUGGGCGCGUGGGAUGUGCCGGCGCCCGGGGAUGGUGAUGGGGAACCUGCCGUUGAGGAUCCCUUGGCCGUGGUGGGAAUGGUGCUGGGGUGGGCCAGUGCCGUCUGUUAUCUCUUCGCCCGCAUCCCCCAAAUCAUCAAAAACUACCACUCCAAAUCUUGCGAAGGCCUCUCCCUACUCUUCUUCCUGCUCUCGCUCACUGGCAACUUCACCUACGGCGCCAGCGUCAUCUCCUACUCGCAGGAGCGCGACUACUUCCUCCGCGCGGUGCCUUGGCUCCUCGGGUCGCUCGGCACCAUCGUGGAGGACUGCAUCAUUUUCGUUCAAUUCCGGAUAUACUCACCGGAGAGGCAGCCUAAGUCUGGCGCGACUCCGUGA